AUGGGAAAUUCCGAGAGCCAAUAUAGCAUCCAGGGCCCCAAAGGCACCGACUUUGUCCCUGGGAAACCGAAGCCAUACUCACUGAAGCUCCGCACAGCCAAAGAUGAUGCUCUGUCGCCCCAUACAUGGUGGAAAAGUGCACCAGUGAGUUCAGGGUAUAAGGCCAGGUGUGUUGGCCGUGGCUGUCUGUCUCCUCCUAAAAGCCGGCCGCCCUACUCCCCUAGGCACUGUGACUACGUCUCAAAGGGGACAAGGGGCAGCCCAAGUGAGCAUCGUUGGCAUCAAUCGCCUGGAUGUGGUAUACGAAGGCGACAUAUUUCAGAUGAGUAUGAAAAUAACCCAUAUGGAACUGAUCUCAAUGGGCGCACCCUGAAUGGACACAGUGAUGAGCAAGAAGCUUUAGAGGAACAGAGCAGCCCACGGGUAGUGAUCAAGAAGGAUGGUAGUCUCAGGGUGGAGUUCACCAACACCUCGGGCAAUGCUCUCCUCCUGGAUGAGGCUUCUGGCCCCGUACAACUCCUCAAGUUCUCUCCCAACAUGGAGUCUACCUCCAUUCCCAGUCUGCCUGGCUCAAGUGGUAGUAGGCAGGAUGGCCACCGCGGCGGUCCACCGCCGGCAUCUACCUCCUCUACGGCCAGGACCAGUAAGGGAAGCUCACUGAGCUCUGAUGGCUCUUGGUAUGAUUCUCCCUGGGGGCCCAGUACAGAACUGUGCGAGCAGGACCAACCUUGCUCUUCCAGCAGGACACUGGUACACUCCUCCGUCCACCAGCUUGACGCCUUCACUGAACAGUCUCCCCCUGUGUCCAUCACAGACCUCUACAAGGACUCCACAAUGGCUGCCACCUUUCCCACAGCAAAGGACCUGUCCUCCCACUUACAGCAGCCUCCACCAGGCCAGAGGCCACACAGAGCCUCUUUUGCAUCAGUCCUGGAUGCUCCAUUGGAGGAAGAAUCUCCUGAGGCCUGCCAGUACUCGUCGUACACCCUGCCCUGUCGCAGACCAAAAGCCCACACCAUGAGCGAGGAUCUGGACCAGUAUCCUGAACAGGAGCAGGCUGGAUCUGAUUUUGGCAUCCAUAAGAAAGACUCCAUCAAAAACCGCAUGAGGCGCUUCAGUGACUGGACAGGAAGCCUCAGCCGCAAGAAGAGGAAGUCUCAGGAGACCAGGUACAAGGACCUGAGCGACGCCUUUGACAGCGGGGUUGAUGGCCUGACUGCAGACACCAGCUCCCCCUCCCAAGUCUCUAGCACCCUCUGGUUCCCUGGAGCCUCCAGGGCCCAAUCAUCAGGAGCCAUCCACCAAACGGCCAACGACUUACUCCGCCAGAAUAUCUAUGAGAACUUUAUGAGGGAGUUGGAAACCGGCACUGGACAGGGAGGAGGGGAACGCAGCGAGAUAAGAGACCCAUCUACAGGCACUGAAGAGGGGGAGAGCAGCAGCGAGUCCGCCGAGGGCUCCCUGGAGCAGCUGGAUCGGCUGUUUGAAAAGGAGCAGGGGGUGGUCAGACGGGCCGGAUGGCUUUCUUUCAAACCCCUCGUCACCCUACACAAGGACAGGAAGCUGGAGCUGGUGACCCGCCGCAAGUGGAAGCAGUACUGGGUGACCCUGAAAGGAUGUACAUUGCUGUUCUACGAGACUUACAGUAAAGGCUCUCCGGAGCAUGAGCUGUCACCGCGCUACGCUCUCCUGGCCGAGGACAGCAUCGUCCAGGCCGUCCCCGAGCACCCCAAAAAGGAGAAUGUCUUCUGCCUCAGCAACUCGUAUGGCGACGUCUACCUUUUCCAGGCCAGCAACCAGACCGACCUGGAGAACUGGGUGACUGCCAUCCAUUCUGCCAGUGCCUCGCUGCUGGCCAAGCGCCAGGGGAAGGAGGAUACGGUGCGCCUGCUGCGGAGCCAAGUCCGCGGCCUGCUGCAGAAGAUCGAUAUGGACGGGAAGAUGAAGAAGAUGGCUGAGUUGCAGCUGACAGUGGUCAGCGACCCCAAGAACCGCAAAGCUAUUGAGAACCAGAUCCAGCAGUGGGAGCAGAACUUGGAGAGGUUUAACUUGGAUCUGUUCAGGAUGCGCUGCUACCUGGCCAGUCUACAGGGUGGAGAGCUUCCCAACCCAAAGAGCCUGCUGGCAAUCGCCAGCCGCCCCACCAAAUCCGCCCUGGGACGCCUGGGGAUCUUCUCCGUCUCCUCCUUUCAUGCACUGAUCUGUUCCAGAGAUGAGGCCACACUCAGAAGGCGCUCAGUGUCCCUGACUCACAGACAGCGCAAGAGAGGCCUUUUCUCCUCGCUCAAAGGCCUCGACAACCUUACGAAGAGAGGACGAGACAAGAGGCCCUCUGCUUCACAGAUCUUUGAGAGCGACGCUGGAGGUCAAACGUACGCCCUGCCUCCCAGGAGCACUGAGCGGCUGGACAUGCUGACCAGUAUCUACUCCAUGUCUCCCCCUGAGGGCGGUGUGUGGGACGGCAUCAGCGGUGCCACGGACGUGCUGACGUGUGUCUACAUGCCAGAUGGCCUGACAGUCCAAGUUCCUGUCAGAAGAGAGCAGACAGCCGCCGACCUUCUUUCUGCAGCCUGCAAGGUGAAACAGCUGGAUGCGGGCCUGCACUGCCUGCGACUGCACAGGCGAGCAGGGCAGGGCGUGGAGGUUCGACACGUGGCUCCCGGAGAGCUCCUCGCUGAUGUGGUUAAUGAUCAGCUGGAGGUGGUCCCAGUUAAUGUGUUUACUCUACACAUGAGCAGGCCGAGCGAAACCGCAGACUUUGGUUUUGCAGUAACGGGACACAUUGACAGUCAGAAAAACAGCAGGAUCUUUGUCAGCGAAGUGCUUCCUGAUGAUUUGGCAUUCAACGAAGGUCUGCGUCCAGGCGAUGAGAUCCUGGUGCUGAACGGUCGCUGUGUGUCGAGCCUGGACCUGACGCUGAUCCAGACGCUGUUUGCUGAACAAACCCUGCACCUGAGCCUCCGGCGGGACGGACCGUCGCCGCCAACAGUGGCCUCCAACCACCGGUUCCUUCCUCUCAAACACAACCUGGAGGUUCGCAGCAAGCACCACCGAGCCAAGUCCUCCUCAGAUGUGUGCACUGCAGCUGAUUGUGCGGAGUCGCUGUGUGUAGGACUGGAGAACGGUCACUCCCACUGCGCACACAGGCCUGUUCAGCACAGCAAGAGCGUGGACACAGUGUGUACUCUCUACCAGUCCUUCCAGGAGGGGGCGGCCUCAGUAUCUGGGGGUUUGAUGGACGACACCAAAGGGCCUCAAGUGAGGCAGGGAGGGGAGUUGGGCUCGGGUCAUACGCAAGAGGCCACCCUGCUCAGACCUUGCCCCAAGCUUAUGAGUGCCACUGAGAGGUUACGCAAGGUCAUCCAGGAGCUGGUGGACACAGAGAAGUCCUAUGUCAAGGACCUGGCCUGUUUGUUCGAGAUCUACCUGAAACCCCUGCAGAAUGAAACCUUCCUCACACUGGACGAGAUGGAGAGUCUGUUUGGCAGCCUGCCUGAGAUGUUGGACUUCCAGAGGGUGUUCCUGCAGACCCUGGAAGAGAGGAUCGCCUCCUCGCCUGACUUCAGCACUCUGGAGACUCCCUCACAGUUCAAGAAGCUGCUGUUUUCUCUUGGGGGUUCGUUCCUCUACUACGCCGACCACUUCAAGCUCUACAGCGGCUUUUGUGCCAACCACAUCAAGGUCCAGAAGGUCAUGGAGAGAGCUAAGACGGAUCAGGCCUUCAAAGAAUUCCUGGAUGCGAGGAACCCCACCAAGCAGCACUCAUCCACUCUGGAGUCCUACCUGAUUAAACCGGUGCAGAGGGUGCUCAAGUAUCCCCUGCUGCUCAGGGAGCUGGUCUCCCUCACUGACGCUGACAGCGAGGAGCACUACCACCUCACCGAGGCUCUGAAAGCCAUGGAGAAGGUGGCCAGCCACAUCAAUGAGAUGCAGAAGAUCUACGAGGAUUACGGCUCUGUGUUUGAUCAGCUAGUUGCGGAGCAGACUGGCCACGAUAAAGAGGUCACGGAGAUUUCUAUGGGAGAGUUUCUCAUGCAUUCCUCAGUGGUCUGGCUCAACCCGCAUACAUCGUUGGGUCGCAUGAGAAAAGAUCCCGAAAUGACCGUGUUUGUGUUCAAGAAAGCGGUGAUAUUGGUCUACAGAGAAAACAACAAGCUGAAGAAGAAGAUGACCAGCUCUCGUUCCGCACUGUCUCACGGAGAUUCUGACCCCUUCAAGUUCCGUUGGCUCAUCCCGCUGUCUGCGCUGCAGGUCAGAUUGGGAAAUACUGCAGGAACAGGCACAGAAACCAGCUGCAUCUGGGAGCUGAUUCACUCCAGGUCUGAAGUCGAAGGGAGACCGGAAACCAUCUUCCAGCUGUGCAGCAGUGUGCCAGAGAACAAGGUCAACAUCAUCAAGGUGAUCCGCUCCAUCCUCAGGGAGAACGUGAGGAGGAACAUGAGGAGCGAGGGCACGUUGGAGAAGAGCUGUAAGGAGCGCCUGGUCCCCCUGCGCAGCACCCUGCCCUCCUCCGCCAGGAUAGGUUCCACCAGGGCCUCCUGGUUGUGUAAACAGCCACUUGGAGAUCUCUCCGCCCAGGCUGGGAAUCCCAAGCUGGGGCCGGACUCAGAUGAAGGGAGCCUGAGCAGUGGUACCUACAGUUUGUGUGGGGGGGCUCCUCCACCUUGCACCUCCUCUGAGUUGCAUAACAUCCCUGUCCAGCCAAACUGGUCUCAGACACCUGGAUCCAACUCACAACCCCGCUCCACCUCUGCUGUGAAAGAGUCUGAUAUUUUGAGUGACGAGGAUGAUGACGGCUUUAUUGAGGGGGGAACCAGGAGGGGCAGUGGAGACAGCAGUUCUCCAACUAGCGCCAUUGAGGCUCAAUUCCUCCAACUUAAACUCUCAGAGGACGCUGCACAGGCUCCCUGUGUUCAACCUGAGGGAGACACUCCAGAGACCCAACCCAAACUGAUGCGAGAACACUUCAAUGCUGUUAAGAGGAAAACCAGCAGUUUCAGGAGGAGCCAGGGUGCACUGUUGAACAUGAAAGCACACAGCAAGUCACUGGACAGCCAGGCAGAUGCAACUUCGUUGUCCGGGGUCGUGGACCUCAACGCGUUGCUCGAGAGAGAGUUCAGCGUCCAAAGUCUGACUUCUGUAGUGAAUGAAGACUGUUUCUAUGAGCCAGCUGAGAGCUGUGCCACCAACUCUGGAAAUUCCACCUCCUCAUAGGGGCCUGAUUGGACAGAGCAUAACUAUACUGUACCUGGGCAGCAAGGCAAUGGUCAUAAAAAGGUGAGAGACUGACCAAAGCCCUGGCGUCAUACAAGGGGAAUCCCCUGUGGCUCACUUCAGGCUCUACCAGUGUGGCUGUGAAGCUGUGCCUCAACUCAGAAGUCGGUUUAGUAAACCACAUGCCUGCCUGCUAAAAGUUAGUUGUAAAUUAUAUUUUUCUGAUGGAAGAUGGGGCUGACAGACUCAGUUUCUCCCCCGAGAGAGGUGAAGCGAGGUGAUUUCUGUCCCAAUGAUAAUAACUGAAAUGAAUCUGCCAAGCACUGAAGCGUUUCCGCCAUUUCCUCAGCUCUGUGGCCUUGGCCUCCUCCCAACAAACCGCCUGAGUGACGUGUUCAAUCCUAGUUUGCCGCUUGUGCUGGUUGGCAGAUCUCAGUUUUUGACCUUUUCUAUGAAGAACGGGGAGAAUGUCCUCGGUCCGUCAGUCCCAAAAGUUAGAAGAGGAAGAAAGUCCACAGGGAAUAUAGAGCCACGGAAUACCCAGAUGAAUUACAUUUAUCAGGGUUGGUAAAGUAUUCAUUUGUAUUUGGUGUCACAGAACCAAACACUGUAGGUCACCGCUUAUUACAAAUUGCAUUUUUGUUAAAAACGAAAGGAGGCACAGACUAUCGCAGCAAAUUCAGAUCCACACAAAGAGCAGUGGCGGUCAUUUCAGACUUUGGCCUAAACAAACAGGAAGGACACCAACUUUUGCAACUAAGCCUUUUUUUGCUGUAUUUUGUGCACUAAAGUACAAUGUUUGCCUAUAUUUUUUAAAUAUGUGUACAGUUUUUAAUGUUAUUAACUUUUAUUUAUUAAUAGGUUUGAUUAUGUGUAUCUUAGCAAACUAACUUUUUGGGUGAAGGCUUGAACCGUUGGCUAAAGAUUUGGUUCAUAAAUAAAUAUAAAAGAUGCAAUACUGCUUGACAUUUUUUCCACUUAAAGUAGCCUACUGGAUUUUGGUUGUCUUUCUCCUAAGAUUGUAAUUUCCAGUGUUUGCAUUGGAAUGCACAAGCUUUUGAGGUCUGGCUGCUUAAAUGAAUGAUUUAAACUGCAAUACUGUUUCUUUUUAUGUUUGUGUCCUGUAUAUACUCUUUUCUAUUUUAAAAACACUUAUGUAUUCUCUUAUACAUACUUGACACUGUGCAGUUAAGACACAAGGUAGGAAUUAGCAAUAAUUGCAGCUGAUAUUUUUGUAAAAACCCUCUGUUUGCCAUAGCAUAAAGUACAUGUUGAGGUACUAUAAAAAUGGGCAAACUACAUUCUUUACCUUCUCAGCUCAACUUUACCAUGCCUUUAAUGCUAGCAUACCAAUGAAUGUGAAUGCCCCAUUCUUAUGGAAUUGUUUUAUAAAUAAAAGUUGUAUCUGUGAA